GUCUCCAUUCUCCAAGAGGGACCGGACCCAAAAACCUGCCUUGGCUAGCUGUAGCGCAGAAUCGUCGCAAACAGCCACGCACACACUCCAAACCCAAAGCAUUUCAUUUCACUGCUGCUGUUUGCUUCCUACUCCCAGCUCCCCCCCCCCCCCCGUGUGCAGCUGCCGCCGGUGGAGGCAGGCGCGUAAUGCCGCCGCCGCCCGCCUUCCUCCUCUUCUCCCUACUGCUCAUCCUCGCCACUACCACCGCUUCCACCACACUAACGCCCCGCCCCCGCAGCCGCCUUGCUUCUCUCCCGCCGCCGCCGCCACCCCCACCUCCUAUCCGCCCUCCCCACCGCCACCAUCACACCGCGCCUCCUCGUCCCUCUCUCACACCACCACCGCACCUUCCCCCUCCUCCGCCACUCCCAGCAGUACCCACACCCAUCGCCGUACCGCCGUCUCGGGCUCCGCCACCCACUCCCACUCCCAUUCCAACUCCUCCGGUCACCACCUCGCCGACGCCCAAGUACCCAUCCUCCUCCACCAACCCCUCCCCCGAUCCUUACCCCUUCACCAACUACCCCUUUUUCCCGGCCGUCGCUCCGCCGCCACCUCCCCCUGCGGAGGCUCAGCCCUCCUCGGCCGACGGCGGCCUCGCAACGUUCCCGGCCAACAUCUCCAACCUCGUCGCCCCAACCCCGCGCUCCCGCCACUUCCCAGUGCUCCAGGCGCUGCUCCUCUCCUUGCUCUCGCUCUGCCUCCUCCUCCUCUCCGCGCUCCUCUCCAUCCACCUCUUCCGCCGCCUCCGCCACCUCGGCCGCUCCGGCGCCGCCACCACCACAGCCUCCUCUGCCCACCGCCGUGCAGCCAACGACGACGACGAUGACGGGGAUGAGGAAGGCCGCCGGCUCAAGCCGCCGCCAAUGCCCACCUCCUCCUCCAACCCCAGCACCGAGUUCAUCUACCUCGGCACCCCGCCGCCGGCACCCCAGCCCCCGGGGUCGAGCUCCCAUCUCCGGCCUGGUUCGCCGGAGCUCCGCCCUCUGCCGCCGCUCCCCCGCGUUGGCCCGCCCUCCGGCGAGUUCGCCUCCCGGAGCUCCGCCUCAGACCCCAGCACCGUGCCCCCCGCCGCCGCCGAUGCGUCGUCUUCGUCGCUCUCCCCCUCCUCGCCGUCGGCUUCCUCACCCACGCUCGGUUCCAGCCCAGUCCAUCCCCGGCCGCCGUCUAUCCCGCAGCCGCGUGGUCGCGCUCCCAACCCGUCGCCCCCCAAACGGAGGCCGUCGCCGCCCAUGGCAGCGCACGCCUGGAACCCCUUCGUGGCCGUGCCGCCUGGAGCAGCUGCCUCAGACGAGGGAGACUCCGAUGAGAAAAACAUGCGCAAGUCGCGGCCUUUGCACUCGGAUAAGCUAAAGCCCGAAUCUUUGCACAUGAAGGACGAGGUGAUCCAGCUCUACCUGAACAACUCGGCGCCGAAGGAGGUGUGCUUGCUUGGUGCUCCAAGGUGCCAUGGCAUCGGGGUGGUGGUGGGGGCAUUGGGUGUUUCCAAGGAGCAAGUGCGGGAUGCCCUAUUGGAAGGUAAUGCACAUGGUUUGGGAGUAGAAGCCUGGCAGAUGCUCACUCAGAUCGUUCUCACCAACGAAGAAGACCUUAAACUGAAGUAUUUCAAGGAUAAUUCACUGUCCAAACUUUGCCCGGUUGAGGUUUUUCUGAAGGCAAUGCUGGAUGUGCCAUUUGCGUUCAAGAGAGUGGAUGCCAUGCUUUACAUUGCUACUUUUUAUGUGGAGGUCAACGAGCUGAGAAUGUCAUAUGCUACUCUUGAGGCAGCUUGCCAGGAGAUGAGAAGCAGCAGGCUGUUCCACAAAGUCCUUGAGGCUAUUCUGAAUUUCGGCAAUUUCAUGAGCAUCAAUGCUGGGUCUCCAAAUUCACAUGGCUUGGAGCCAAACACGCUUCUGAAGAUUGUUGAUGUGAAAGGAGCUGAUGGGAAGGCUGCACUCGUACAGUUUGUUGUCCAGGAAAUUGUGAAACCUGAAGGAUACAAUAUGAUGCACCCUGGCUCAGCGACAUGCAAAACUAACGCCACCACCCUGCAGUGUGAUGUGGAAUGCCAACAGCAUGGCCUUCAGGUUGUCUCCAAACUCGCUGCUGAGCUGAGCAAUACUAAGAAAGCUGCAUCCAUCGAUAUAAUGAGGCUUAGCAGAACAGUGUCGGAGCUUGGAGUGGGGCUUGGAAAGGUCCAUGACGUUCUGAGACUGAAUAGCAUGGUUACAUCGGCUGAGAGCGCUCGGCGUUUCCACAACACUAUGAGCACGUUCCUGAGGCAGGCGGAAGAGGAAAUCCUGAAGCUGCAGUCCCAGGAGAACAUCUGCCUGUCUUGGGUGAAGGAGAUGGCAGAGUACUUCCACGGCGAUUCAGCCAACGAUGAAGGUCACAUGUUCAGAGUUUUCGCGGGUGUCAGGGAGUUCCUAGCUAUGCUCGAUCGGAUGUGCAAGGAAGCUGGGGAGAUGAGCAGGAACUGCAUCGGUGCAGACUGAGGAUGACGCCCUAAAGCGCUGGAGUUGUCUUUGGCAAAUUCUGUAGCCGUCCUCCUUUUUUUUUUGUAUAAUAUUAUGUUACCUCCAAGAUUAUGUUUCCUAGUGUUAGUAGUAGAUGAGAACAAUGUUAAGGCCCUAUAACUAAAUAUAAUGUAUGCUGGCUUGUAUAAAUUAA